UUCGCGGUGCAUGCCGGGAAUUGUAGUUCCCGCGCUCUCCGGUGCCGGUCCCCAUGGCGGCGGCGCGGCUGCUGCCGCUGCUGCUGCUGCCGCUGGGCUGGGUCCGGCCCAGCGCCUGCACCGACCCUCCGGGCGGCGGCUGGCUGGCGGGCACGGUGCCGGAGGAACCACGCUGCACCGUGGAGCGAGCGGAUGCCUCCCUCACCUACUCCCUCUUCCUGCAGCGGUUCGCCUUCUCCCGGCCAGUGAUCCUCGGUGGGGUCACGGACAAUUCGGCGUUCCGAGCCCUCUGCACCCGGGAGAAGUUGCUGGCCGCCUUCGGGCCCUUCCCGGUGCGGCUCAGCACGGCCAACACCUACUCGUACCGCAAAGUGGAUGUGCCGUUCCAGGAGUACGUGGAGCACCUGCUGAAGCCGCAGGACCCGGCCCGGCUGGGCAGCGCACUACGUGCCCCCUCCCUUCCGCAUCCCGGGCACCAGCCCCGCCUACAGCUUUGGGAUCGCAGGCUCGGGCUCUGGCGUUCCCUUCCACUGGCACGGCCCUGGUUUCUCCGAGGUGAUUUUCGGCAGGAAGCCCCUCUGGGGCUGAGCCCGAGGGGCUGCAGGGGACCUGGGAGGGGACGUGCCCCCGGUGCUUUGCAGCGCUGGUUUCUGUACCCGCCGGAUCAAACCCCGCACUUCCACCCCAACGAGACGACGCUGGCCUGGCUCCAGCACACCUAUCCCACACUGCCACCGGCCCAGCGCCCGCUGGAGUGCACCCUGCGCCCUGGGGAGGUCCUGUACUUCCCUGACCGCUGGUGGCACGCCACACUCAACCUGGACACCAGCGUCUUCAUCUCCACCUUCCUGGGCUAGGGCCGGCAGGGACAAGGACACGUCACCCCCAUCCAUCCCAGCCAGGCCAGGAGCUCCAGCUCCUGCUACCCUCAGGGAAAGGCCACUGCUAUUGGGACCAACUGCCUGAGAAAGUUCUGGUUUUUAUUGGUCUUUACCUUCCCCCUUGGAUUAAAGCUGUUCUACUGAA